GCUCGCCGCGGAGAAAGACUCGGUUGUACGAGCGGGUAGGCUGCACCGGGCCAUUGUGAGCGACUUGGAGGGAGUCGGUGGACGCUUUGUUGCUCGGGUAAAUGUGUGUAUGCGGGUUAGACGGAUUCCUAGUACUGGAGCUCCAUCUCCCAGCUUUACCGAGCCUUUCCCCUACUGCGGACCUCUAUCAGAAAACUGGACUUGGCGUUAGAGGAGGGGGCGAUGGACUCCCCAGUUCGGCCAGUGAGAAAUCAGGCCGGGAGGCGGCUCCCAGGUUGGAAUGACUGUGUUAAAGGAGCUUUGUGCCUGUGUUUACAAACCUACAAACGGAGGCAACAGCACAAAGCUGUAUAAAAUCCUUAAAAAUAAGAGCACACAUAGGCUACCAAAGAAAAUUCUGAGUUGCGUUACUCUAGGAUACGAGAUCUUAGUUCACAAGUUCAGAAAACAGUAGAAUCUCUUGACAAUACACUGGAUACGCACCAUGAGGUUGGGAAAGGCUAAAGGGGGUAUUUCUCGAAGCGCAAACCAAGGAAAAACCUAUGAGAACAAGCGCAAGACAGCCCGCCAGCGACAGAAAUGGGGGGUGACCAUUCGCUUUGACUCAGGUUUAAGUAGACGGAGAAGAAACGUGGAUGAGAAGCCUUACAAAUGUACUAAAUGUUCUAAGAGUUUCAGUCAGAGCUCCACUCUUUUUCAGCAUAAGAAGAUCCAUACUGGGAAGAAAUCCCAUAAAUGUGUCGAUUGUGGGAAAAGUUUCUUUCAGAGUUCUAACCUCAUUCAGCAUCGGCGGAUCCACACGGGGGAAAAGCCCUAUAAGUGUGACGAGUGUGGAGAGAGGUUUAAACAGAGCUCCAAUCUUAUCCAGCACCAGAGGAUUCACACCGGGGAGAAGCCCUAUUGCUGUGAUGAGUGUGGCCGAUGCUUUAGCCAGAGUUCCCACCUCAUUCAGCACCAGAGAACCCACACGGGAGAGAAGCCCUACCAGUGUGAGGAGUGCGACAAGUGCUUCAGCCAGAGCUCCCAUCUGAGGCAGCACAUGAAGGUGCACAAAGAAAAGAAGCCACAUAAAAGGGGUAAAAGUGCCAGGGCGAAAACUCACCCGGUGUCCUGGAAAAGGGGUAAAGGAAGGAAGGCAGUGUCUGGCCUCCGCCAGGUAAAGGGAGCCACUUCCGGCCUCUUUAAAAAGAAAAAAGUGAAAGGUAGAGGUGAAAGCCGCCCCUGAAAGGAAGGUUGCUUUACAGCAGAGCACUUAGACACCGGUCCUCCCUAGCAUGGAGACUGCAGGAGUUUCAGGACAGUGGGCUGAAACUCCGAGUCUACCUACCCUCAUUUCCUUUAAAAAUAAAUAAAUUUAUGUGACAUGGAGCAGAAAGAACUGAAAAAAAAAUAGUUUGCUAAGAAUUUAAUAUCCUUAGCCUCAGUUGAAAUUUCUUCCCUUCAUCUUGAUAAAGAGCAUCAUGUUUUCACGAUUCGCUGGCGUGCCAAUAAUUAAUCUUGGUUUUAGGGAUUUCUGAAUACGAAAUCAUUAAAGAAAGAAGGAAUGAGUUUUCAAGUACUAGGACCGACUAUUUUUUUUUAUGUUUUUAAUGUUUUGUAGUUUAUUAACCAUUAGUAUCAGCAUUGACUCAGUAUUUGACAUAAUAAAAUGCAUUCAAGUUUUGUCUUUUUUAUUAGUGUAUAUUGUAGGAAGUAAUGAGUUCAUUUUCUUUAAUGCGUAUGAUGUAUCUGUACGAUGUGCUUUGAUCCACCCCUGUUACCCUCGCCCCCACCUCCUCUUGGUUCUCUUUCUCUUCCCAGGAGUUCCCUUCCCACAUAAAAGGUUGAUCCUAGAUUCUAUGAAUGACAGAAAAUGUACUUGGUUAUUUUUCUGCAUCUGCUUUACUGUGCUUACAGUAAUGUUUUCCAGAUUUUGACUUUUUUUAUAUAUAUAUAUUUUUGGCUAACAAUAGUUUAUCGUAAGAAGGUCUCCAUGUGGCUGUUCUUUUGUUCGUUUUUGUUUACCAUAUUCUUAGAGAUUUAUAAGAAUCCAAAGUGAGAAACUGCAGACCUCCUCCUCCUCACCCCACUCCCUGUGAUGCUGAUGCUGAUGCUGAUGCUGAUGCUGAUGCUGAUGCUGUUACGCUCUGGCACUUGCUUUCUUGAAAUGGGAAUGGGUUCAUGUUGUGUUAUGCCAGGGGCCUCUCCACAUUCCUUUGUUCUCUUGUAAACAGCACCUGCAUGAAAAACUGUUACCAAGAAAGCCUCUACUUGCUUCUGCCUGAAGAACUACAAUGUCAUAGACUGAGCUCUGAAUACCACUGACUGAAACAGAUGUUUGUCUACAAGUUACUGGCCAGCACACUGUAGCCCUGUUAGAACUUAACUUCUUUUUACUUUAGAGUAAUUGUUUAAGAAGACUAGCAGACAUCCUUCUUUCAAUGCCAAGCAUAGGUUCCUAAUCAGCCUUCAGUUCAAGUUUUUGUUUAUUGAAUGCUAAUGUUUUUCUGAUUUUUAUAUUAGUUCUUCCUGUAUUAAUGAUUAUUAUCCUUAAAAAUAAAGAUUGAGAUAUUUUCGCAUAGUA